AAACGAUAAAUUUCGGAGAAAGCCCGUUAUUCAACUUAACUCUUGCUUGACUCUAGAAACACUCUGAAGAUUUUCUGAUAAAAUCUUCAAUAUGAGCCGCCAUCCAACUGUCAAAUGGGCCCAGAGGUCUGAUGAAGUGCUCAUAACAGUUGAGUUGCCUGAUGCUCAGAAUGUGAAGCUCAAACUUGAGCCAGAGGGAAAAUUUUACUUCUUUGCAACUGCUGGUGCCGACAAGAUUCCAUAUGAAGUCGACAUUGAUCUGUUCGACAAGAUUGAUGUAGAUAAUAGCGAAUCCAGUGCUAGUUCAAGACAGAUCUGCUACUUGGUGAAAAAGGCCGAGAACAAAUGGUGGGACAGAUUAUUGAAGCAGGGAGGGAAAUCUCCUUCCUUUUUGAAAGUUGAUUGGGAUAAAUGGAUUGAUGAAGAUGAAGUGAAUGAGCAAGAUGCCAAUCCUGUAUCUGAUAUGGACUUCGGCGACGUCGACUUUUCUAAGUUGAACAUGGGCGGGGGUGACAACAGUUUGGAUUUUGAUGCUGCAGGCGAUGACGAUGAUGACGAGAGUGAUUCAGAAGAGGAGGAUACAGAGGAAGCAGAGGAAGCAUCUUCUGGCAUUGAGCUAGAUGCAAAAGCCACUGUAAACGGCAACGCAAACGAAGCACCUGACACCAAAGCAUAAUAAACUUUUUAGAUAGCUCUGACUGUAACUUUCAGAAUACCCUGCUUACCAAAUAACCUUUGAGGGGUUAACUGGUUAUGUGGUGUCUGACAAGGUGGUCCUGACAUGUGUUUGCUUCCUUUUUGGUGUUUGCCCCUGGAUUUUCGUAACACGAUUAACAUACGAGAUGGUUCAGAGCAUGUUUUUGUUGGAGUCGAUUAUGCAUUGGUGAAAAUUAUUUUUGUGUGUAUGGAUUGCAUUGACGUGAGAUUAACUAUUGUUCUCAAUUAGUUUGUGUUUUUGACUAAUGAGAUUAAAUGCAGUGGACAAAGGAUUGAAAUGCAUA